UGGCUGCCCGGGAGACUUCUCCGGCCUGGUCUUCACUGGGAGAGGAGGGGCCGGCGACCAUGAAAAAGGACAAGAGUCACGGCCAGGAUGAGGCGGACUGCAGGGCAGAGCUGAUCCUCAUCAACGGGGACUGCACCGAUCCCGCUAACGACACACCCGCUCUUGUUCUGGAGGCGAAUGGGAAGCCCAGCACUCCAGAUGCCGGGGGCCUGGGGCUGCCGUCCCUGAAGAACAACAAGAGGGUGAGCAAGGGAGACCUCUCCAAGGACGACCUGUCCUGGCCGCUGGCUCUCGCGGGGGCGCAGGAGGCGGGGCAGACCCGGCACGAGAUGAAGAUCAAGGAAACGAACAGUGUGGAGACUCUCAGGGACCUGCCAGCUCCCCUGCGGAGCUCCAAGCGGCGCCCGGCCGCAUCCGUCCCCUUGACCACCAUCGACCUGACUGAGGAGGACUCCCGGGACUCGUCCCGGAGCAGCAGCACGCUCUCCGGCAGCAGCUCCCAGGAGGGGCAGAAUGGCUCUGCCGAGCUGGGGGCCGAGGAGCCGGAGAGCAGAGACGCGGGGAUGGCGCUGGAAUACCAGGAUGGGAAAGAAUUUGGAAUUGGGGAGCUCGUCUGGGGAAAGAUCAAAGGUUUCUCCUGGUGGCCUGCGAUCGUCGUCUCCUACAGAGCCACAGCCAAGCGCCAGGCUGUCUCGGGCAUGCGGUGGGUGCAGUGGUUCGGAGAUGGGAAGUUCUCCGAGGUUUCUGCAGACAAGCUGGUGGGACUGAUGGCGUUUAGGCAGCAUUUCAAUUCUUCCACGUUUAAUAAGCUGGUCUCCUACCGACGAGCCAUAUACCAUGCCCUGGAGGUUGCCCGGAGCCGGUCGGGGAAGACGUUUGCAGCCGCCCCUGGGGAGUCCCUGGAGGAGCAGCUGAAGCCCAUGAUCGACUGGGCGCUCACCGGCUUCAAACCCUUGGGCCUCAAGGGGCUGCGGCCGCCCAAAGCCCCAGAGAACGGAGCCCUGAGGAACGGGACGGAGGAGGUGCUGUCCCUCGAGCAGUGCCCCCCCACCAAGAGGCUGAAGACCAACCCCUGCAACAACAGCAAGGAGCAGCGAGUGGAAGAGGACCAGACCCGAGAGCAAAUGGUUUCCGAAGUUACGAACAACAGUGGGAGUCUUGAAGACAGCUGUUUGUCCUGCGGGAGGAGAAACCCGGCCACCUUCCACCCGCUGUUCGAGGGGGGCCUCUGCCAGACGUGCAGGGAUAGAUUCCUGGAGCUCUUCUACAUGUACGACGAAGACGGCUACCAGUCCUACUGCACUGUCUGCUGCGAAGGCAAGGAGCUGCUGCUCUGCAGCAACGCCAGCUGCUGCAGGUGCUUCUGUGUGGAGUGUCUGGAGGUGCUGGUGGGGAGAGGGACGUCGGCCAAGGCAAAAGAGCAGGAGCCCUGGAACUGCUACAUGUGCCAGCCCCAGAGGAGCUACGGGGUGCUGCAGCGCCGGCAGGACUGGAACACCCGCCUGCAGGACUUCUUCACCAGCGACAAGGGACAGGAAUACGCUGCACCCAAAAUCUACCCAACGGUCCCACCAGCGAAGAGGAGACCUAUUCGAGUGCUCUCUUUGUUUGACGGCAUAGCCACAGGACAUGCAAGAGUGGCCACAUCGAGCGUCUGUGCUGACGAAGGAGGCUGGGAGACUAAAGAGAGCAGUGCAACCUCAGACCUCUGUCCCUUGGCAGGGUACCUGGUGCUGAAGGACUUAGGCAUCCAAGUGGAGAAGUACAUUGCCUCGGAGAUCUGCGAAGACCCCAUUGCUGUGGGCACCAUGCGGCAUGAGGGCAACAUCACCUACGUGCACGACGUCAGGAACAUAACCAAGAGAAAUAUCGAGGAGUGGGGUCCCUUUGACCUGGUGAUCGGCGGAAGCCCCUGUAACGACCUCUCCCUUGUCAGUCCGUCCAGGAAGGGGCUGUAUGAAGGAACCGGGAGGCUGUUCUUCGAAUUCUACCACCUGCUCAACUACGCCCGUCCCAAGGCGGGAGAGGAGCGCCCCUUCUUCUGGAUGUUCGAGAACGUGGUGGCCAUGAGGGUCAAUGACAAGAGGGACAUUUCUCGGUUUCUGGAGUGUAACCCGGUUAUGAUUGAUGCUAUCAAGAUAUCAGCUGCCCACCGAGCACGCUAUUUCUGGGGCAACCUUCCGGGGAUGAACAGGAUCUUCGGCUUCCCCCUCCACUACACGGACGUCUCCAACAUCGGCCGUGGGGCUCGCCAGAAGCUGCUGGGGAGAUCGUGGAGCGUCCCCGUCAUCCGGCACCUCUUUUCCCCGCUCAAGGAUUACUUUGCCUGUGAAUAG